GAUCGAUUUAGGCAGAGAUUACUUUUCUGAGGAACUAUGCACGGUAGAUGUUGUUUUUCCGACUCUUCUUUCCAGGAACGAAGACGUAAUGGUGGACAUGAACCUUUCCUGGCUUACCUGCACAGCAUCGAUGUAAGUUGGUUGCACCAUUAUCGUAAUUCGGCUGGCUCCCUUCCUGCGUGCAUGAUAGCUCUGAGACCGUCAGAGAAACUGGGUAUAUAAACUGUUGAUAUUCGCCUUCGUUUCUAUUCACUCAUUAAGCAACAACAUCCUUCUUCAACACUCCAUCAACAACUUUUCAAUAACCGCUCUCCCGGCUAUCCGCUCUCCCAGCUAUCAAAAUGCAGUUCACUACCAUUACCUCCCUCCUCUUCGCCGCCAGUGGCCUUGCUAGUGCUGCAUCCCUCCGUCCUCGCCAGGAGAGCUGUGCCUCCAACACGCAGGGCGACUACACCUGGAGGAUCAGCCGAUUUGUCGGUCGCAAGCCCGAAGCUAGCUACUACAACAUGAUUUCUUUCCAUAUUGCGUCCACCAACCCGGGAUCUUCUCUCGACUACACCUGUACCGCCAGUGCCGACCGCAUGGAGGACAGCGUCUUCUAUUCAUGCGGCACCGGCUUCAAAUUUGCGUUCGUGAAUGAAUACAACGGCUUGGUUUUCAAGUACGGCACCGACAACCCAAUUACGGGCACCGUUGCUCUCCCUAUCAUCUGCCGUGCGGGCGGCGCAGGCCCCAACGACCAAGUCUGCGAGACUUUCCAGGAUCGCUACAUUACGCUUCUCAGGCUCCCUAGCAACUAAGUUGGAUCAUCGUAGGAUGUCAUUGGAAGGGAUAACUGAUGCAAGACGAUGUGCAUAGGAUGAUUAAUGGUGAAGAUGUAGUUGCCAACUAUAAUAUAUAAUUAGCGUACCUAAUUUUCAGUAUUCACCCUGUCGAGUCAACGAAAGCAUAUUCCUGAGUGAAACAUGUACUAUUCCCUGGAUACUGUUAUGGUUGCACCGUCGUUGAAAGAAACAUGAAGAAAAAGGUGGAUAGUUAGUCUAUGUGCAAGUCAAUCCACUCUAAUCUGGAUAC